AUGGGAUAAGAAUGCUAGAAAUGCAAGGCUUUCUCAGCUAAGGAAGAAUUUGACAUUUAGAACAUGAAUGAAGAUUUUGGAGAUGAGAGUCCUGAUGUGGAGCAAUCCUUUUUAGAUGAAGAGGACGAAGUUAAAAAACAUAGUAUUUGCUAUAAUAUAUAGUAAAGACAAACCUCAUUCUUUAGAUAAUUUUAAUAGAAGAAGAAUGUUUAGAAAAGAAGACACUUAUGAUUAAAAUGAUGGAAAACUAUCUGCAAAAAUAGAAAAUAGAGAUAUAGCUUUAACUGAAGAACUAAGAGGAGAAGAGAUGAUUUUAGUUGAUGGAUCAAAAUAUUAAGGAAAUGUAGUGAAUGGAAAAGCAAAUGGAAAAGGGAAGUUAUGGUUAAAUAAUGGAGAUAUUUAUGAAGGAGACAUAGUGGAUAAUAUUAUUGAAGGAAAUGGUGUUUAUUAUUUUCAUAGAGGACCUAUUUACAGCGGUCAAUUUAUGCAAGGGAAAGCUAAUGGUAUGGGUAAGGAGAUGUGGUCAGAUGGAUCAAUUUAUGAGGGAUAGUUUAGAAAUGGUAAAAAACAUGGUUAAGGAAUAUAUAAAUGGAGUUAGGGUUGUUUGUAUGAUGGAGAAUGGUUUGAGAAUAUGAUACAUGGUUAAGGAAGAUAUGAAUGGUCAGAUGGUAGGGUAAUUUUAUUAAUGUAUCUAUAGUGUUAUAAAGGAAAUUGGAAUAAGAAUCAAAUGCAUGGAAGAGGGUAAUAUAAGUGGAAAGAAGGAAAGCUUUAUGAUGGAGAAUAUGAAUUCGAUAAAAAAUGCGGUUUUGGAAUUUUUUAAUGGCCUGACGGAAAAUAAUAUUAGGGCUACUGGUUUGAUGGUAAAUAACAUGGCAAAGGAGUAAUGAUCAAUAAAGAAGGAAAGAAAAAGUUUGGUGAAUGGGUUAAUGGUAAGUUAAUUAGUUGCAGUGAAGAGAUUAAUGUAUAAAUCAUUCCAGAUGGUUGGGCUGAUAAGGUUUGA